AUGGGUGAACUUGGCUUCAUCACUGGAUUUGCUGGUUAUGCCAUUCGGUUGGCUUGGGAUCAGAUAAUCCAUCACAUCAACAUUGCCAUCCGAUGCAAGAAAGAGUUGGAUGCCCUCAAACUUCUGUUUCCCAGAAUUCAAGCAAUGAAUGUGGAAUUGCAGGAGUAUCGAAAAGCUUUGAACUCUGGCAAAAUGAGUACGUCACCUCACCAUCCUUUGCCAUCCACAGUCAACAGCUGGUUGAACGAAUUGAAUGCCCUUCUGGAGGAAGCAUCUGAUUUGGCCCAGCACUGCACUGUACGCUCAUACUUUCAUCUCUUUUCUCGUUACAGAACGAGCAGAAAGAUCAGGCACCUCAUUGACAAUAUAGAAAAGCAUAUAGCCUCCACGCCUUCCAUUUCUUUUCUGCACCAACUGCAGCAGCAUGUCGCGAAUGGGCAAGUGCUUGAGCAGAUUAAAGAGAGAUUGGAUUAUCUUAAUCAUAGUACUUCAGCAAUGGUCAGCGCAUCUGGAGAUCUCUUUCCAUCCAUUUAUUCGGCCACUUCCAACAAGAAGUAUAUUGAGGAGGCAGUCAUUGUGGGACAGGAUUCUGAAUCAAACAGACUUGUGGAGCUGAUCGAUUCACAGCAGCACAAAAAUGUGUCUCGUUUAGGACUUCUUGGGAAGGGUGGGGCCGGUAAGACUCUGUUACUCAAACGAGUCUACAACAGCGACCAGGUACAGAGUCUCUUUCGCAAUGAUUUGAUGCUUUGGCUUACUGUUUCACAGAAUCCAUCUUUCAAUACUCUCCGAGAUGAUCUUGUGAAACAAAUAACUGUUCAAGUAAAUGAAAGAUUGGAGAGUAGAGAGGAAGACCAUGUGAAAAUCUGGUUGAAUGAAUGCAUGAGAAAGCACAAAUUUGCCGUAUUUUUAGAUGAUAUUUGGGAAACAAGUGCUGCCUCGCUGUUAGAGGAGCUGUGUGUGCCUCACUCUCCACACCACAAGUCUAACAUCAUCAUUGCCACAUCCAGAACUAGUAGUGUGCUCUCACAGUUGGGUGUCCGGCCUUCAUCACUCAUCGAAAUGCAAGAUUUGACUGAGCAUGACGGUUGGAGAUUGUUUUCUUUCUAUGCUUUUCCACACAGCGAUGGAAUUUUGCCGGUGAGCAUUGACCACGAAAUAGCGACGACUGUCUGCAAGGAGUGUGGGGGCCUUCCCUUAGCUAUCAAAGUAAUUGGGAAGGCAAUGGUAAGCGUCACUCUGUCAAAUGAAUGGGUAUUGGCAGUCAAGAAGUUGCAGAAUGAUGUUACACGCUCUCUUUAUGGCAGGUUGAGGCUAAGCUACGAUGCUUUGGCCGACGUGGCUGGCUAUGGCAUUUCCUUGCAGUUGUGCUUCCUCUGCGUUGCUGCUUUCUCAAAAGGUCAUGUCAUCUAUGCUAAUGAUGCCAUUGACUACUGGAUUGGAGAAGGGUUGGUGGCCGGGAAGGAUCCUCUUCAAAUCGGAGACACAUACGUCAUUCUGUUAGCGGAUCGAAGCCUUAUUGAACCAAUCCAGAAGGAUUAUGAUGGAAAGGUAAUCUGCUUCAGGGGACAUGAUGUUCUGCAUGACUUAGCACAACAAAUUGCUGAGAAGGAAGAAAAAUGCUUCUCCAGGCAAGCAAAGGCUUACAGGAGUUUCCUAUGGUCGAUUGUGCAGGACAUAUGA